AUGUCUCGUGUCGCACUGAACGGCCUGGUUGUAUGAACAGAGGCUGGGCAGGGACAUAAGGAGACACGCAGAGCUCCUUACUGCUCUCAGUGGAGGAGUGUCUCUGCAGUUGUUCACACAGGACACUCUGUGUUGAAGUACACACAGUGCGUAUAUUUUUCUUCAUCGCAUUUGUUAAUGAGUUGGGAGUCGACCGCUUGAGGACAGGAUUUUCAGCGACCACUGCAGCAACCACUCGGAGGAAAAUAGUGUUUCUAAACAGCUACCGAGAAGAGGGUGACUGGCUGGUAAGGAUACCGUGAGUUUGAUGCUGUUAGAUUCCUACCACUUAGUGCCUGGUACCUUCGUGUGUCCGCUUUGAAUCAAACUUAUGUCGUCAGUCUGGCUGCUGCGACAGGUGAAAACUGCAGGUGCGUUACUGAAAGGAUUCAAAGCUGUAAUGAGAUUGUGUUACCUUACCCUACGUUACCAUAAUGUAAAUGACAAACAAUUAAAAUCAUGUGGUUAUUGUCCGGUGGGUGGCUUGUUUAAUUGCCACCCUCAAAAAUUCACAGACUAGUUUUUUUUCAUGUCACGUUACAAGUAUACCUAUCACCUUCUGUAGUUGUCUGACAGUGGUGUGUGCUGUUGUUGGUCUGAUGUGUACUUACUGCAGACGUUUCUCAAUGAGGAAGUUUGUUGUUUCUGUGUUGCAACUCUAUCUUGUACUUUUCCUGAAAGUCUCUGGUUGGAAAACAUGAUAAAGAUUGAAAACUGACCAUGCCCUACUGUGUACAAUAGAUUUCUUCACAUGUAGACCUGUUUGCAUCUGGCCCAGUUCAACCUUUUGCCAGCCAAGUCAUACAAAUGCUAAAUCCUUUUGGAUCAACAUGUACCCUGUUGCCAGGUGACAGACUUUAUGUUUUCCAAAUAUAUUAUCUUUGUACAUGAUUAGAUCCUGUACUUGACCACCCUUUUAUUUCACUGGCCUGAGCCUCAGUAUUUAUCACACUAUCACUGCUCAUGACACUGAAGUGUUACAUUUCCCUGGCUGGUUAUUUGCAGGCAGACUCACUGUGAAAUAGGCUUGCUAGUAAAUGUAAGUAAGUAAAUGUAAAAUGUGUUGUAUAGGGAGAGUAUGAGCUGCUCAAUAUGCAAUAGAUUCUCAACAUUUCCCAGUGAGUGAUCUUUACCCAUAUAUAUGGCAGAACAACUUGACUGAGAUUGUAUCACUUAAAAUAAUCUGAAUUUUGACAGAAAAAUUAUGUCAUGUUUACUUUUACUUCUGCUUAACCUAAUUGUCCUAGCUUCAAAAAUCUGUGCACUGAGUAUCCUGGAUUUAUGUUUAGCAUGUGUAUGUGCAUUACAGAGUCACCAUACUUCUUAUUUUGACCCCUGACCCUCUGCAAGUUGUUGUCCCGUGUAUCUGCAUCGUAUAGAGGUCAAUAGAGUUGCAUGUAUUAAAACAUUCUGUGAGUGUACGGCACACAUACUGGAUUAUCACGGGUUUGGAGUAAUGGAACUAGCAAUUUUCACUGGCUGGAACUAAGUCAGGCUUUAGGGUUAGGACAGCACUUCAUUAUAGGGCUGAGGUUUCUUGCAGGAGCUUCCUGUGCCUUCCUCAUUUGACUGGGAGGCAGGUAAAUCGUCCAGCUUGGUCCAGGUUGGUCAGCUUGCUGCGGAGUAUGUUUGAAAGGGAAAACAGCUCAUGCAAAUCUCCUCCUCUGUCCUUGAAACAAACACCUGAGCUCCUGCACUUUGCUUUCCUCUGCUUGUGCGUUAAUAAGUUGUUUGACAGAUUAAGUAGUGUCUCCUCAUUAUGUAAUGUUUUCCAUCAGAGUGGCAGCAGGAGGAGAGCAAAACCUUAUCAGCACAAUUCAUUUUCAUACUUGGCGCCUCUUGGGAUUUCACUUUGAAAACCAAGAUUCUCUCUUUGCCUAUUGAUAAAAACCGUGACUCUGAGCGUAACCAUACACAUUAAUCAGUCACUCAUUCAAAACAGAGAGCUACCUUUCAUAUCUUCCUCUUGCUGUGAGAAUGUCUCAUGAAGAGGUAGCACAGCAAAUACCAACUGUAAGGUUUUCAGUGCGGUCUUGUGAUUUUGGGUCAAAGAGCACUUUGUGUACUCUGAUCAUACUGUAGCAUAGUAUCUCAGCAGUGACAGGACUAAAAUGAGAGACAUAUGAGGCUCAUUAAGACAGUUACAUAAGUCAGUGGACUGAACAGUAGUUCCCAGCGCUCUAUCUCUCUCUCUCUCUCUGAAUCCUGAUAAUGGUCCGACUGCCUAAUGUGCAGUGUGGAUGGGUGUGGCUCCAGGUUGGGUCUAGUUACACUUGAGAUGUUCCGAUCAACAAAUGCCUCACUGUGUUGUGAUAAUGAAACCCACCAUCUCAUCUGGUUUGUGUGCUUUGUGCAACCUUUCUCGCUACUUCACCCAGCCUAAUUUUUCCCUCAGAGGAUCCUCUCUCACUCCUAUCUACAGUGGUGUGUUCUAGGUUGAGAAGGUGCUAAUGUGCCGUAUCCCAGGUGCAUUGAGUGAAAAGCGUGACAGGAGUGUUUUUUUUCUUUCUUCCUAGCUUUCCCCUUCUCAGGUUAUCCAGCACCAUGCCAUCCUUUUCUUGUUUCUUUUCUCAAGCCUGCUACCUUUGAUCAGAUCACUUAAGUUACAGUCAAGCAUAACAGCAAGUCACAGUGUGGGUUUAAGGUUGCUCCAGACAGCUCAAACAAAAUGUCCUCAAUCGAACUGAAGUUACAUAUUUUGGUUUACUGUGAUCAAACAAGUAGAAGUUGUUUGAUGACCUUAAAGGGAUAUUCUGGCGUAAAAUUGAUUUAGGGUCAAACACACCGUAACACUAAGUUAGACAACCCCACGAGAGAUGAAUGUUGCCGACCACUUGCUUCUCUAGUUAAACCAACUUUAGUAAUGACCGCAGAUAGCAAUAUACAGUGGUCUGAGGAGUCAUACACAAACCUCAACCAAAACGCCACUUUAUAGCCACAAAUAAUGCUCAGAACAGCACCUAACUUUAGGGUCCCAGCCACAGCACUAGUUACCAAACAUCUUCUUAACUUUGCCCAAUUUUUUUAGCAAAGAGACUAAACACAAGUAACCUACUCUCUUCCAGCAGCCGCUUGUUUGUAGCGAGACCUUGGCCAGUACAUUACCGCAACGGGGUGACGCAGCUCAAGGAAGAAAAUUUAUGAUAAUUUCUUCAUGGAAAUGCGAUCAAACCAAGACACUAAGGCAGAAGAACUACAGCGUCUGCAGUGCAAAAUGAUUAUUACUUCAAGGAAAUGAUAAAGUAAUGAUCAUAAAUGUUCUUCCUUGAGCUGCGUCCCCCCGCUGCAGUCCGUAAUGGACUGGCCUGAGGUCUCGCUACAAACAAGCGGCUGCUGGAAGAGAGUGGGUGAGUUAUGUUUAGUCUCUUUGCUAAAGAAAUCAGGCAAAGUUAAAAAGAUGUUGGGUGGCUAGUGUUGUGGCUGGGACCCUAAAGUUAGGUGCUGUUCUGAGCAUUAUUUGUGGCUAUAGAGUGGCUUUUUGGUUGAGGUUUGUGUAUGGCUCCUGGGACCGCUGUGUAUUGCUAUCGUGCGGUCGUUACUAAAGUUUGUAUAACUAGAGAAGCAAGCAGUCGGCAACAUUCAUCUCUCAAGGGGGUGUCUAACUCAGUAUUACUGUGUGUUUGACUCUAAACUAAUUUUACGCCGGAAUAUCCCUUUAAACAAAUGUGUGUCUGCAGAUUCUCUCAGGUUCAUAAGUAGUGUUGCAAUGCUGUGCUGCCAUUUAUCUAGCAAGUCAGGGGGUUAUUAUUACCACUUAAAUUAUAAUCUAGUAUGCUAAAUGAAUAACAAAAGCUAAAAUUAUGCCCACUUAAUGCCUCCCCCUGAAAAAAAGACCAAAAAAGUACAAUUUCCUUUAAACAAAUUUAGUUUUUUAAUACCGUUUCAUAAUGUCAAUAUGUGUUUUUUGUGAGACAUGUAAAGGAUGUAAAAAGAGCAGUUAUGGUUUUCCUGCUCUGUAAUGUAUUUGAGAAAUUUGCAACAGUAUAACAUCCAUGAAUAUAUUUACCACAUUUAGAGUAGUUGUUAUGAUUUUCACACCUCAUCCGAUUUGUUUGCUAAUGGAUUAGUAAAAAAGCGGUUUAUCGUACAGCACAGUCAGAGUAAACACAACAAAAUUAAAUCAGAUGCAUUUUUUUCCUUAGCCAGUAUGAAUCAGUGCACUCCUGGAGAAGAAGGUGCUUGUACCAUGAAUCUUGAACCGGGCAGUGAACAGUUAAAACUCAAACAGCCUUUUCAUCGAUAGUUAAGCCUCCAUGUCUCUUCAGUUGUGUCGCACCUCCAGAGCCGCUUUCUGUCUGUUAUCUGUUUUAUUGUCCUCAUUCAUCAGCCAGGCUUCACUCAUGUCAGCAAAUACCACUUACUCCUGAUAGUCACCAGGACUUCAUUGUCAACUGUCUUUUAUCACUGCUGUUUCCAUAUUGUAACUUCCAUAACUAGCCCACAAAACCUCAUACAUUUAAAGUGUGAGUUUGAGAAGUCUGAAGACUUAAUUUGGGAAUUUAAAUGGAUCUGAAUGAUUAAAUUCAACGUUAUUUAACAGAAUAGUAUGAAAUUGACUCUCAAGAUAAUGAGUCUUGAGUCCUGAGAGAUUCUUAAUAUCUUAGCACUAGUUUAAUAAUUACAAAUAUAAGAUAUGUAUCAGGAUGUAGAAUUUCUCAGUACUAUGGAUGAAGACUCCUCUCCCUUUCCUGGCCUCACAGCGUGCUGGCACCAGCUUUUUAGAGGACAUAAUAGUCUGCCAAAGGAGGCCUUCAGUAGUAAUUGGCUCAUAAUUGUCCCCCUCUCCUGAACCAUUGGUUGGUUGGAGGGUUGCAGGCGUAGUGAUAGGUUGGCAGGCCUUCAGGAAUCUAGAUUAUUUGUAGGUUGUGGUGUUUGUUGUUGUUUCUUGUUGUUGUGCUGGCCAUGCCGAGCACACCCUUUUUCAUCGUCUUCUUCUGCUUUCCUGCCCUGCUGCCGAUGACAAGGCUCGCAGAGGCCUAUUCAGGAGACCCAAGGGUGCUUGAGUUAUAGAGCUGGAAAGAGAUAUGGCAGGGUGGAAAGACAGAGGAAUGGGUGACGGCAAACAAGUGGGAGUUUAAGAAUGAGACAAUCUGACAGGAAAUCUUUCUCUACUUCUUUGUAGUCUGUGAUUAUUGAACUUGGAUUAACACAGACUGUUAAACAAAUCCCCCCUGGCUCUGACAGUUGAUCACUACAGAGAGCAAAGGAGAGUAAUGCAGCACAUGUAUGGAUAAUAAAUGCAUCUGUCAGUGACAGGAAGGACCUUUGGACUCCAGGGAACCUCUGAGUAAAACAACGCUGGGUUGGCUGGUAUGGGCACGUCUCUCUUUUCUUCUCUGUAUGUCAUGUGAUCAUGUUUACCAUAGGCUGUGACGCUGUAUGCUAAGGCAGCCUUCGUCUCAGAUAGUGCAGCUCUAUGGUGUUCAUCCCUCCUGCAGAGCAGUUCCCCCCUGCCUCUGUGUCUUUGGAGAACUUCUUCUCUGUUUCCUCUCCAUUUAAUCAUCUGAGUGUCCCCUCCCUAGUACUUCCAUUUGGGUCACAUGAGUCUGGACGCAAAGGGCGACCUCCUCCUCCUCCUCACUGCUUCUUAUGCAGGGCAGAACUGGAGUGAGACGCUCUUUGAAUUACAAAUAGACAAGCUAAGCCUUCACUGGGGGUUUCUUAUUGUUGGUGUCGCCUUAAAAACAUAGAGGAAAGCUUUGUAAUCUUUCUGUUACUUUUUCUUCAUAACAAUGCACCUCCCCUUCAAAAGUUCCAGAUGAAAAAUGGCUUUAAACAAAAGUCCAUAUGUAGUCUGCUUGAGAAACCAAGACAAGAGUCAUCCACUUAAUAUUCAAAAUUUGUCACACCUGUUUUCUUGAUCUUUUUUCUGCCAUAAACUCGUUCAUUACCUCUCUUAUCCACUCCCUCCUGUUUCUCAGGUAUUUUUCUUUCUGGUCAUGUCACAUCUCAAAGGUCACAGCUCUCUGUAUGUGCCCUCUCUCUGUCCCUCCCAUCUAUUGGUCCUCUUCUUCUUUGCACUAGUGCCUGAAAGUCAAGUACCAUCCAUAGUUAAUUUGAACAUUAAGUUUGUGAGAGUUGUCUGGCCAGUGUUAUAUCUCACAUUUAUUCACUGUUUAGCCCUCUAAAAUGAAAGUUCAGAUUCAUCUCAUGCUCGCCACAUACUUUUUACUCUCUGUGUGCUCAGCCUCUUUUAGCAUCAUAUUGUCAAGACAAAACUUGCUGUAUUUUGAGCAGUUCUAGCUUUGUUAGCAGGUUCAUCAGUGUGUUUUUACAACAUCAUGAAAUCAAUAAGCUACAUCAGCAUACAGGCCGAGAAACAUUAAGUGUACAUGCUGUAAACUGUAAAUAAGAAUACUUUAAGAUAAAGCCCUCUGAUAUAGGCAACACUGAAAAGGCUGGACUUAUUACAUGACUUGUAGAAAUCUUAACAAAGGAUGAAACAGCCACAUGAACUGCCAGUGAGGCUCCAGACUUUUUGUCUUGUUUAGACGUGCAGCGUUCACACACUCACGUACCUCCUCUUCAGCUCUGCAGCGCUGCAUAGAGCCUAGUGAACAGACAGACGCAUUUUAAGCUGCUGCACAGAGUGACAAAAAAAAUACACAGUGAAAUAUCACAGAAGCACCAGAUUCAGUCUGAGAUUUGACCUGUCUGCUGUUUUAAAACUUCAUCAGGGGGGAAACCAAAAAGGAAGUCUGCUUAUGGUGGAUUAAUUUGAUGCGGUAGCAAGUGUAUACUUGUGUGCACAUGUUACUGUAAGUGUCAUCCUCUGUUUGCUUUGUAUGUAUCCCUAUUUGUGUAUAAUUAAUCUGUUUAAAUUGGGUGGAACCAAAACUAAGAUCCUUUCAUUAUUGAUUUUUUUUUUCCUUUUGCACUCAAUUGAAAGGCUGAAAUUUCAGUUUGAACCGUUCCAAACGUCAGUAUUUGUCUCUUCUUUAGCCCUUCACUCCAUCUGACCCACACAAGACAUUUCCAACUUCAGGACAGCAUGUCAUUUGUUUGUUAUUGUCUGUUUUUUAAGGCUGUUAAUCAUUUCGGUCCCGCUUGUGAAGAAGACCACACUUUGGAUGUUUGUUUCAACACUGCGUGAUUCAUAACAGAACAUGACACAUUUCACAGAAGCAACUAUUUAACACGGAUGGGGUAACUCAGCCAAUUAUGUAAUCGCACUCACACACCAACUUUAGAACAAGUGUUUACACGAGGAGUUGCAAUGAUAACACAGAUGCCCAACACUACUUAUACAUUUAGCCUUAUUCAGAACAUGACAGUUAGUUUUUUUGUGUUUGGGUAAUUAAUUUAUAGUCUAUCUUGAAAUGUCGCAUCUUGAAAUCACGGAUUUUUUGAAAAUGAAAGAAGGGUUGAGUAACACACUUACUUGAUUUUGCCUGGGUGGAGUUUUUUGGGAGUGAUUACAAAAGGAUGGCAGAAGCUAAGAUGCUUAAGCCGAUUCCCUGCUGGCUAAACUAAGCUGGCUCCCUAUGCAUCAUCUUUAUUGUAUGUAUCCAACCAAACCCGGAAAUCUCUGCUUAUCUAACAUCUCAUAUUCAAGGAUUGUGAAGGUCAUUGAAGCCCAGCCGUCUACUCUUCAGCCACUAGCCUUGUUUGUCUGGUUAUUGAUUCUCCAUCAUGUCUCUGAUCUGCUGCAGUAAUCUAAUAGUAUCUUGGGACUCAAGCAAAGCAGAGCAAAAAGGAAACUAAAUGUAGAAACUGUGUCCUACUGAGGGAGCCUCCCUAAAAACAUCCCAGGACGGCUGUGAUGGUCAUGGUUUUGAAAAUUGUAGUUCUACUGUUUGUCUCAAACAAAGAGUUAGCUUCCUGCACUGAUAAUAACAAAUUAAUUUCCUAACCAAGCAAUUGAGGGACUAUUAGCACCACUACUUGACAGGUCAGAUGCAUUGGAUCUGCAUUUUUAUCGUACCAGACGGCCCAUGUUUGCUCUCAGCAACAUAUUUUCCUUGCCAGAACUGCUUGGCUACGGAGGAGCUAUUAGACUUUCCAUACGGGCAGGCAGGCAUUAUUGGCCACAGCCCUGAAACCAUGAGAAGAUAUGGCAUGAGAGCCAGUGUUUGAUCUGCUCUCAAGUGUGUUUGUUUGAAGGGUGGAAGAGUUUUUUUUCAAGGGUGUAAGAACGAGUGGGGAAAUAGUGUUGUUAUGGACGGACAGAAGAGCUCUGUAAGGAAAGAUUAUUUGUACAGAGGACACAAAGUAGGAAUGCGAUAAAGUGGAUGGAAGGUACGCUGACAACCAAGUUAAGGAUUUGGCAAUGACACGGUCACAGGAAGAAGUGUUGGUGCCUGUGGUAGUUUCAUCUUUACAUAUUAAAUUAGCUUUUUCAUGCACAGAAUAGUUAUUGAAGGUGAAGGAUACUGAUCUCACCCUGCUGAUAUGGUCUGUGGGCUACAUUAUUGGAGAUGUACCGAUCCAUUUUUUCUGAUCCAUUCCGGUACCGAUACUUGGGCUGAGCGUAUCAGCUGAAAUCCAAUACCAAUCCUAUCCUACUGUUGAAUCAAUGAACUGUAUACCUUGCCCUGUGAGUGAAGGCAUCAGGCUUGACAUUAGCCUUGUUAAAAAAAGAUAACAAAUUAACACAGAUAUAACAAAUUGCACAUUAGCGCACAGCAAAAAGAAGUAGGACUUCCAUGUAAACAUUUAGUGCAAAAAGAUAGACAGACAUAGAAUAUAGAGCAAACAGAGUUGCUGUGUUGCUGUGUAUGAUACUAAUUAAAAGAAAAAAAAGACUGGAUCUGUGUCAUUCAUCAGAUAUCCGAUCCAGUUAAUUUGUCAAUAUCGGUGCUAGUGGAGCAGUCAAAUGCGUAAUAUAGCCUCAAUCAUUCACUUUGUUAUACAAGCAUGAAAUUUGGUACAUAUACUCUUCAAAACCCACUCUUUUCAAAAAUAACGUUAGCCAUGCAAAAUUCCAAGAUGGCGGCCCCAAAAUCCAAGAUGUCCGCCCCAAAAAUGUGGUUUUUCCUUUAUAACUCAAAAUGACUUGAUUUUAAGCCCCAUACAUAUAUAUAUAUACAUACAUAUAUGUAAAUAUAUAUAUAUACAUCUUGGUUUUCGAAUUUAAUGUUAUAACCCUAAUGAAAAUAGCAGAUAAUGGAAAUGAUAUUUUCAUAUAACCAUAUGCACAUAACAACAAUCGGUGAUUUCUCACUCUCCCAAUUCUGUACAAGUAUCUAUAUGCUGUAUCUCAAAAACCGUAAUGGAUACAGAAAUGUACUAGGUACCAAAAUGUCUGCAAUACCCAACUUUAUAUUCAACUUCAAUAUAUGUAUGGGGCAUAAAAUCAAGUCAUUUUGAGUUAUAAAGGAAAAACCACAUAUUGGGGCGGACAUCUAGGAUUUUGGGGCCGCCAUCUUGGAAUUUUGCGUGGCUAACGUUAUUUUUGAAAAGAGUGGGGUUUGAAGAGUAUAUGUACCAAAUUUCAUGCUUGUAUAACAAAGUGAACGAUUAUUUCCUUAUCUGCUCAGCUAUGCCGAUAUCCGAUCCAAAUAUCAUAGCGUUGCAGUUUAUUUUGACUUAUUGGGAGUUGAUAAUCAGGCUUGGCAUUGAGAAUCAGACAGACAAUACAACCUGACAACACCUGUUUGAUUCAGAUUUGACUUCAGUUUGUCAUUUGUACCGUUUCACGGAUAUAAUCCUCAUCCAGAACACAAAACUACCACAUGUAACAGUGAUCAGGCUGUCUUUCUUUCUUUGCUGUGCUUGUGUACGUCUGCAGCGUUCACAUCGAGGUUUAUGACAGAGGUAAGACACAGCUGACCAGGAAGAUCCAACUAUCCAUUUUUAUGCACAUGUCCAACAAUCUGUCUGCCUCUCUUUUGUCAAGAGGUGAACAACAGACCUGCUGUUGUUCACUGCAGCUGUGGGCCUCGCAUGGAUUAUUCUGGAAACAGUCGGUUGGAGCACCGGCUGGGUUGUGGGGUCAGGUGAGACACAGUCAGGGAGAGAGAGAGAAAGAGAGGGAGAGAGAGGUCCAAACAAUCCCUCUUUGCACCGACACUCAGAGCAGAGAGCCACACAGGCUGACAGGCUCAUUAAAAUUCCUCAGGUUCAGAGAUUAUAAUAACGUCUGAGGUGAAUCAACACCUCAUUACUCAAGGCUGAAGGGAAAUAUUCUGAUUCAUUUCUAAUUACACGGCUAAUCAUUGAUACAAGGAUUAAGUCGUGUAAAGACCAUUCUUCGUGACUUAUGCCUCAGUUUCAGCCCCACAAAGUCAUGUGACUGAGAUAAUCUUGUCAUUCCGGAUGAGUUGGCAAAUUUUUUGAGACUGUACGUGAUUGUUUACUUUUUGAGAGAGGAACAGAGAAGAAUGAGGAUUAAUCUUAAAGGUAACAAAGGCAGUAUUAACUGGAGCAUGGACACAUAGCUGUAGUUGGGAGGUGUGCUUUCUGCAAAUAUGUAUCAGUAUCAGUGUUGUCUCUUUGUUUAUAGCAACAGAAGAGCUGCUUGACUGAUAAGAAGCCAGUCUAGAGAUAAGAGCCCAUUGUCUGCUCGGUUCUUUUAAUAUCUGGCCAGUGUCCGCGUGGACAUGUAUUCAUCUAUGGACUCUCCCCUCCUUCUGAAGACUAUUUUAAAAUUUGGUUACAACAUAUCUGUUUUUUUUAAAGUAAAUUGCAGCAUUUGCACGUUACAGAGUCGCUGCUGUUGCUCUUUCAGGAUAAAACACUAUCCUCAAGUAUCAGGAUAAUAGAUUCAGAUUUGGCUGCGAUGUGAUUGAUGGUUACACAGCAGGUGAGUGGAGGACACAGUGCUGCAAGCGCUGAUGAAGCAGAAACACAUUAUGUAAUAGUCAUGGCUCAGAGGCCUGCAGGUGCAUUUAUAUGCAGGUGAGCUGCCUACUGCAGGCUCGGCGGAGUUUAGCAGACAAAGUCCACAUUUUGCAGGGUUUUCUGUUUCGCUACAUCUCUCCAUUCCUCUCCUAAUCCUUUGUUGUCUUACUCUCUCAGGGGACACACACACACACUCAGGCACAGUUAUGUCACAGUUAAAUUGACUUGUGUGUCACUCUGCCUUAUUUUCUCUGGAGAGAGGGAGUGAGCAGUAGAAUAGCACUCUGAUGUAAGUGUAAGGAGGACAGGCGAGAGGGUGACAGGGAGCGGUGCAGUAAAACCCACGGAGAACAGAAGAGGAAAUGAGACAGACUGCUGUUUUUGUGGCUUGGUAAGGACUUGGUUGAGCUAUAAAUUGAGUAGAGGCCCUGGGACUAUACCUCAUUCAUACAAAGUCUAUAACCGCAGCUUUAUGAGGUGUUAUUUAUGCAGCUCACACACACAAACACUUGACAUGAGCUAUGGAAGAGGUUACAGAAAUAAAGACGUCAUAAAUGAGAAAGAGAAGGUCUUCUUCACAUCAUCAGUGUGUGAGGACUACCAGGACUGUUUUAUACACUAAAACCCAACAAAAAAAGAAGAGUUGGUAUGAUGUCGUGGUAGACAGGCUGAUCAGUUCCUGUGCUCACAAUGUGAUGAAAAUAAUAAACAAAUGAUAAUAAUAAUUUCAACAGAUGGCUGGAGAGAAAUGCAGAAAUCCCUUGUGGCAGUGAUUUUACUGAGCCAACACCAGGAAGACCAAAACGUUUGCCUCUCAUCCUCUCAGUUCAGAAUGUAAAAAACAUCAACUAUCGUCCAUUGUCAGCAUGGGAUCUUCUGUUGAAAUAAUGCUAGUGAACUCUGGUAAGAUGGUAACACAUAAUGACAUUAAGCAAAGACCACAUGCUGUGUCACAGAUUAGCAGUGAGAGGUUCAGAAUAGACUUAUUUUCCUUCUUCUAUCGGACAGAUCAAAGGGAUGAUGGCAUCAGAUUGAAAUGAAACUUAUUGGAGUUAAUAAAAAGACUCUUUGCUGCUGGAAAAACUCCUUCCUCUUUUCAUCUUAACUUCAGAGCUGUUUCAUAUAACAGUGAUGCUGUGAGCAGUUUUUUGGCCUGGUUUCCUAUUGUGUGAUAAUAACCCUCUGUGUUUGUAUGUUCUCUUGCAGAGAGAUUCCAGACAGAGUGACAGCUCCUGAUGUUUGCUAAGGCUGACAAUCAAGAGAUGUCGCCCUAAUUUUCAGUUAUUGGGCGCAGCUUUCUGUUAAGCAAGGUAACUCCUUGUUUGUGCUUUUUCAAUCAACACGGGGAUAAUGGAGUUAUAUUACUAAGGUGUGACAUAAUAACCUGUUGUUUUCAUUUUGCGAUAGAUUCAUCUUUGUGUUUUGUGCUUCUUUCAGAUGUCCACCACAACAGAAAAUGGGCUGGGAGGACCUUGGAACACAAGCAGAGAGAAAACAUACAAAAAGGUAAAAUAUGAGAAUAAAAAGUGAGAGUUUAUUUACAACAGCCUCACUGGGAUGAAUAUGAACCCGCGAACACAACAUUUUUGAGUGUCGCUGUUUAGAGCUGACAAGUCCAAAAGGUCUCUACUUCAAAUGUCACAUGAUUGCUCAUAAAUGUCCCUCUACAGCACAUAAUGUCCUGACCCCUGCCAGGGCCUGCUGCCAGAGAUCAGUCAAGUGCUGGUCACAUUUGUUUUCUUUCCUUUUUCUUACUAAAGACGUCACUGCUUAUUUCAGCAUUUCGCAAGAUGUCACCAUUACGAGGUUCACAGAGCUGGGAGUGCUCAGGCUGAGCCUAAGAGCUAAUCAGAAAUGUAUUUUUUUAUAUAUAUACAGGAUUAAAAUCUGUCUGUAUUCAAUAAUUAAGAAGUCCCAGAGUUAACAUCUCAUGUGAGAUAACUUCUUGUAUUAAACUAGCAUCUUUAAGUAAAUGAAAAAAUGUUUGUAUUCGCUGUAAACUCACUGCUUUAACAGUCUGACUAAUGCCGUGGCGUCUCUUCUGUUUUCCCCUCCAGACUACGUCAUCAGCCUUGAAGGGUGCCAUUCAGCUCGGCAUUGGCUAUACAGUGGGCAACCUAACCUCCAAGCCUGACAGAGAUGUGCUUAUGCAAGACUUUUAUGUGGUGGAAAGUGUCUUUCUGCCAAGGUUAGUGCCACUCACCCAUUCAUACUCACACUUCCCAUAAACAGCAAGGCAUCUUCCAUGAUGAUGUGCAGGAUGUAUUCACUGACUCUCUAGUUUAUUAUAUGAGUUAUUGGAAUAGUUACAGUUUGCACAUUGUAAUCAAAUAAUAGCCAGACUCUUGCAUAAACUCAAGGUUGUUUGUCUACUGGAGUCAGUGAAUCAAAGCUUCUUCAUAAAAACAGAUUAUGUGUAGGUGGGAAACAAGCUGGCAGUGACGGUUUCCUGCCUCUGCUGAGUGAGUGAAUGAAUGGAAAACGACUGAACACAAGGCUUUGCUUGUCUGCGCGCUCGAACAUCAUAAGUCUGCAAAACAUCUGAAACUAUUAUUAAUCAUGGAAACUGCAGGUGCUGGACACACAGUCAAGAGACAUUAUGGGGCUACCGCGAACUGCCACCAUCAUCAUUUGUCAACAAAAGUGAAUUUUUGCUGGUCCAAGUCAUGAUGCAGGGAUAAAACUAUCCUGGUGUAUAAUCCGGGCAAAAUUGCGAAAUCAGCUAACUCUGCGGCUUACUGCUACAGAGCGAAAUAUAUUUCUAUGGCAGCUGUCAGCUUAAAAGAAUAUAAAGAACCAUUUUGUGUUAGUCAAAACAGAGCCAGGAGUUCUUCUAAAGUCUGACUCAUAAAUGUACACACUUGAUGCACAGGGACAAACUACUUAUUUAUCAUUUUUAAUGAGCGUGAUGUGACUUUAACACUUAAAGAAGCAGAUUUGGUCUCAGGGGAUUGUAUUGUUUUGAGCAUAAUUAACAGAUUAAUGUUUAAUUUAGAUUUCAAAAAUAAGCCAAAGUGCUGUUUUGUUGACGUGACAGACAAAGAUGAUGUCUGUCAAAGAUGAAAUGGGUGAACUAGUUUUUCUCUCAGUGACAUUUAAUCCAUCAUUCAUUGGAAAUUGUCUGUGACUCCAAACCUUGAGGAAAGAACCUCUGUCCUACCAGGAAAUGCUUUGUGGUUCACCUACUCAGACCUGCACCAGGAUAUGCAAACUCACAAUGGUCUAUGCAAACUUCAUCUUGGCACACACAUCCACUGUCCUGUUCCUCAGCAACAGUCAAACAUAAAUCUUGCUCUGGGUGUUGGCCUUGUUUUGAGGAGUGUUUCAAAUCCUGCUUCAGCUCCGCUACAUCAUCCUCAAUCCACUCGUGGUGUCGAAUCUUUUACAUAACGGUGACAUACAUUUAAAGCUAUCUUCAAAAGCAAAGAGCCACUUGAAAUUAAAGAAAGAUCAAGGCUAUGUAUGGGGAAAGAAGAAAAUUAUACAAGACGGAACAGGUAAAACAUUUUCUGUGGAGAUGGGAAAUUGAUAUCUCAAAUCUCUUUUCUGAGAUAACUUAUCCUCUUUGUUCUCUCCACUUUUUGUAGGUAUUUUUUGUCCUGUUCCGUAAUUCUGUACCAACCAAAAGCCCUUUUCUUCCUCCACGCUGACAGAGAGAGACUGAUCUCAGAUGCUUUUAUCGCCUCAUUCUCUUUUAACGCCGCUCUCCCUCCCUCCCUUCACCCUCAUCUUCUUCCUUUUCUCUUGAGGGUUUUCCGCUCUUGUUUGUCCUACCUAGUCUGAAAAUGUCACAGAUCCCUCUGACACAGUUUUUGUUUGUAUCUUGUUGCACGUAUAUCUGAUAACUAGCUUGUCUGCCCUGAGGCCAACAAACAAACAGAUUUCUUUUUGAUUAGUUUGGAAACAUUUUCCAGGUGCUCUUUGUUGCUAAAUAGUUUCCACGUGAGGCUCACUGUUGUGGACUGUCACUCACUGAUGGUAGAUAAAUGUUGUUGUCCUCACACCCUAAAUAGACCAGUCAGAUUUCACUGGACUGUAAUCACAGGUGUUGAGUUUCACGUUGUAUCUGAUUACCGGCAGGGUUAAAAACACAUUAGCAUCUUUGCUCUGAAAAGUAUCCAAGAUCUUGAAUUUAUAACCAGAUUAAGAGGCACUUUGGUGAAUUCGAUGAACCAAUUCUUUUAGAUUUUGGAUCAGAUUUUUGGCUUUUUUUAAAUAAGAACUGACAAUAUAUGUUGAAAAGUGGAAGACCAAUUCAUACAACGCUAAGUCGUACUGAACUUGUAGAGGUUUUUACAGAAAAGGGUCUGUUCUGUCAAAAUCCAGGCAAACGUCUGGUUAAUCAACCAAAACGUGUAUGUCAUUUGUGUCUGUGUGAGUGUGUGCAUGAGGUAUUUAUUUUCACACUCUGCUCUUCCUCCCCCCUCCUCCAUGAUGUAGACAAGGAUCAUGUGUUAUGUUGUAUUGUUCAAAUCUAGUAAUCAGAGCCUCCCUCAGUCCCCAGGCCCCAAACUCUAUACAGGUCAGUUUGUUACCACAAUGCUGGUGAAUCUGGGUUCCCAUAAAUGACUUUGCUAAAGCCUGUUCAUUCAUGAGUGGCAGAGAUUACAAGGGCCUCAGUGAUACAGGGACUGGUCGCCAUUUGCCUGUCCCGGCACAAAGACUGGGUGUAAGGCUUCAGUUUGCACCACUAUCAGAGUCUUGAAUGGAAUAAUCGCCCUUUGUGAUAAUGACUUUUCCCACUUGUGUGUUUAAGUUUUUGUUAACCAUGCUUAUUACAUUAGAGUUGGAAUAAUGUAUUUGAUGUUCCCUGUCUUGUUUUUCAAUUGCACCAUCCAAGUGAGGGGAGUAACUUGACCCCAGCACAUCACUACCCUGACUUCCGCUUCAAGACCUACGCCCCGCUGGCCUUCAGAUACUUCAGGGAUCUGUUCGGCAUCAAACCAGACGACUAUCUGGUAAGACCGCAGGCAAACUGGUGUUCAUUUUUCUACCACUGUCAGAUAGUUAUGCAUGCAUGUCAGCCAAAUAUCAAAUCAAGUCCCUUAGCUUCUUGUGGACUGACUUGCUAAAUGUCAGGCAGGUGCUGUAGUAUACAGGACGUGAUAGGGUUAUGAUAAAAUAAAGAAUUAACAAUGUGUACCUCAACAAAGACACUGGAUGCAAUAUUCAGAUAAAAGUCUAAUAAAAACUAAAAAUUAAGUGUUAGUUUAACAUGUUUGGGAGUCCUUUCUGGCUGCCAUCUAAUCCCAUCUUCAGUUUUUCCUACAACUACACAACAUUUGUAUCGGUGUUGGUGAUAUGAGAUGUAAUGCUCGAGCUAACACAGCAUACCUUUAUCAUAAAAUCUUUAACCAGUUCCUAGUGCUGAGUGAAAUCAGCUGAUGAAUGUGUGAUAUCCCAUCGUAAUCAAACUACGACAGCUUUAGAAAAAGAGAGAAAUACUCUGCAGGAUCUGCUCACCAUUGCAUGUGUCGUCCUGUUUGUGAUGCUGUUGAUGCCUUUGGUGUGUAACAUCAUUCAAUAACAUGUCAAAGCCAUUAUUUAUACACCCUUGGCGCCAUACUGUAUGAUAAUUUAAUUUACUCUCACCAAUACGUGCCUUGUUGCCAUAUUCGUCCCUACUUUACAUGUCCCGCUUGCUUGAGAUGAUUAAAUUUUGUGUAAUCUUGUUUGGGCUUUUUUUUUAUACUGUGAUGUUUUUAUUUAUUUAUUAUUAUUAUUAUUAUUAUUUUUUACAGCCUCUGAGCCUUUUGUAAACCUCUCGGCUGCAUUCUUGCUUUUGAAAGCUAAAUUGCUUUUUUUUUUUACAUAAGGGAAAAUUAAUAAAACUCUUGGUGCAACACAGAUGAAAUGUAACUCUGUGGCCGUUAAUACAGAUUGAAAUAAGACACUGUUGCAAAGAGGAUGUGCUGCUGAUUGAUGUCCUUGAGGUGAUGAUAAAUUCAUCCAGACAGAAGCCAAACAGCAGUCUAAUUAAAUCAGAGAAGAACACACACAAACACACACAUAUACACACACACACAUAGAGUAUUUUGUAUGCAAACGCAAUAACAGGUGAAUUGUUUGUGCUGGUAACUUCAUGUGACUGCAGAUGGUCAUCACAGUGAAGAGGGACUGUAGAUGCUUCAAGAAUAUCUCCUCCCAUUUGAACAUGUUGAGCUCAUAACACACUGAUUACCAUCCGACUCUUAUCUCGCCUUAUCCGCCAGCUGCUUUCACCAUCUCUCCCUCAUGUUAUUACUAUGCCGUGAGGACCUCCCUGUGCUUUCUGAGCUGCAGCAAAAACUGUUUUUGCUCCUUAUGAACUGAAACUAUACAUCUCACGUUUCUGUACGGUCUUAGCUCAGUGAUGCUUUGGGAGGUUUUUCCACACCCUUAUUUUGAGGAUAGUUGGAAACCAGGAAGAGACAUCAGAGACUGACAAACAGAAGAGGGAUAGUGUCCUACUUUGAGGACUUCUGUACAUGGGGUACACGGUUUAACCACUGAGCCAAACAGACUGCCCUUCAAUGAUGCUUUUGUGUCUGUAUUUUAGAUCUUUAUUCUGCAGUUUCUUCACUGAAGCAACAUCCAGAGGGACAGUAGGGAAUAUUUUACCCUUUGAAAUCAACUAAUGCCAGCGUUUAACCAGCCUAAUAAAUACAAAGUGACACUUUUCUCACUGUGUCAUGGAAGGACUGAAAAACCAUGAGCUUUCUGCUGCUAUUUGCUCGUGAGAGACUUAAUGGUUUGUAGCUGCGGCUAAUGAGUCAUCAAAUAUUAUUUUUUAAGCAUGAAAUAAGAUCAAAAUGACACCAGCUUUUCAAUGUUGAAUGGGACUCUUUCAUUUGCUGUUCAGUCGGAUCAAUGUCACGUACCCUGAGUUCAUACCUGAAGCGCAGAGUAUGACGUUAUAAAAGCAUGAAGCCAGUCCUCACAGUAAAGUGUGUUAAAGGAGAGUAGACACUGUUUUAGUGGCAGAAUUAUAGUUUGGUGAUGAGUUUGCAGGGAAAAGAAAAGUCCAGAUGCACAGUUUUGUACAUUUGGACCAGAUAGUGUUCAAGAGAUCUCCAAAACAAAAAGCGGAGUGUUUUUGCAACGUAGGACUUUACUGUCAGUAUUCUUUGACCAGGAUGUACUGAAAGUUUUCUCUUAGCUACUAAACAGACGACUUCUCUGCUGUUUGUGUUUUUCCCUUCCUCAGUACUCCCUGGUAAAUGAGCCUCUCAUUGAGCUUACCAACCCGGGGGCCAGUGGAUCACUCUUCUACUUAACCAGCGAUGACGAGUUCAUCAUUAAAACCGUCCAGCACAAAGAGGCCAAGUUUCUCCAGAGAUUGCUGCCUGGUUACUAUAUGGUAAGACACUUGAAUUUCCCACAUGAGGUGAGGUGGAACAGUCUCCUUUUUUAAACUGAUCAUAAGUGGCAUAAACGAGUUACAGAGGGAAUUCUUGUUAGCCGUAGCUCUAGGGCACCAUCAGGCUAAAGGAUGUCACAGCCAGGAGGGUGGAGAGACUUGGGCUGCACACAUCCAAGACCACCAUUAUCAUUUAUUGAUGCAGCGACUCAAAGAUUUAAGACUCUCCGCACCCAUACUGGCACACAAUUACUUUAUGAUUCUGUAAAUCAUGAAAGAAAAUGAGCCAAUAAGUAUCAGGAAUGAGAGCCUACAUGUGGAGUUCAAAGUGUUUCAACAAUGAAAUGAAAACGAAAAAAGGCAUUUAUAUGGUUUUCUGCGGCAACUUCAAUGCCACAAAUCCUAUUAUUACUGAUAUAACCAAAUCAGAGUUUAGGAACCCAACAUUCACCUUGUACUCCAUUUACAGUUUCCUCAUUAGAGAAAAAAUAAAGUCCAAGCUACCUCAAUCAUUUACUACCUUGUUACUUAACUCCUCCUUCAAUUCACAGAACCUGAACCAGAAUCCACGCACACUGCUGCCCAAAUUCUAUGGCCUCUACUGCAUCCAGUCUGGAGGGAUUAACAUCCGGCUGGUGGUGAUGAACAAUGUGCUGCCACGCUCCAUCAAAAUGCAUUACAAAUACGACCUUAAAGGUUCCACCUACAAGAGACGAGCAUCCAGGAAAGAGAGAGAGAAGGCCUCUCCGACUUACAAAGAUCUGGACUUCCAGGACAUGCACGAGGAAGGGCUUUACUUUGACCCGGAGACCUACAACAACCUGAUGAAGACCCUACAGAGAGACUGUCGGGUAAGUGGAAGACAUUCUCCUCACUUUCUUUUCCCUGUGUGUGCAUGACUUUGAAGUUCCAAAGUCGCCUCAGAACAAGAGAGUCACUUUAAUUCCAUAAAAGGACACUGUAGAAGCAAACAAGAAAGACUAGAGUCAGAUGAUUUACAUUAGCAGAAUACUUUUGUUCAAAUGGCAUAUUUCUUUGAAUUCUCAUGUCUCUAUUCCUGCACUGAAUCAUUUUGACCCGGGUGCUGCAAAGCCUCUCUGGGGCCUUAUGUCAUGUGCCGUAUCAAAGCUCGGAGCAGAUUUCUUCAAACCUGGGAAUCUACCAGAGUCAGGGCACAUUAAUGUCGAGGAGAUGCCAAAGACCUCUCAUUCUUGUGACCUGUUAUGCAAUCUUAAACACAUAGUUCGAAUAAGUCGGCCACACUGGGUUCUAGAUUAAGACAGCGUGUGUGCAACGUUGAUGGGAGAAAAUAUUUUGAGAUAUCCCGUGUUUGCACAGCGUGUUCAGAGUAAGCUCUCAGUUUGCCCCAGGCCCUCUUUUCCCUGUCUCUAUGCUGCUGAGUUUCAAUACAUGACAGCUCUCCAAACACUGAGCAUGAUUAAGACAUAGCAUGAGUGUGAUUAGCAAGGGUAGCAUGAGAAACUCAGAGUUUAGGAUUAGGGUUAGGGUUAGUCCUCCAAUCUAAAGACUCACAUUCUCCCCCAAUUUAAAGGAAUAUUCCGGCGUAAAAUUAAUUCAGGGACAAACGCAUCGUAACGCCAAGUUAGACACCCCCUGGAGAGAUGAAUGUUGCCGACCGCUUGCUUCUCUAAUUAUACCAACUUUAGUAACGACCGAACGAUAGCAAUACACAGCGGUUUGAGGAGCCUUAACAAACCUCAACCAAAACACCACUCUAUGGCCACAAAUAAUGCUCAGAACAGCACCUAACUUCAUCAACAGUACAUAUAGGGUCCAUUACUGACUGCUGCGGGGUGACGCAGCUUAAGGAAGAACAUUUAUGAUAAUUUCUUUAUCAUUUCCUUGAAGUAAUAAUCAUCAUAUCAAUCAUUUUCUUCAUGGAAAUGCAAUCAGACUGAUGCGCUAAGGCAGAAGAACUACUGCAUCAGCAGAGCGAAACGAUUAAUACGAUGAUUAUUACUUUAAGGAAAUGAUAAAGUAAUGAUCAUAAAUGUUCUUCCUUGAGCUGCGUCACCCCGCUGUAGUGCGUAUUGGACUGGGCUGAGGUCUCACUACAAACAAGUGGCUGCUGGAAGAGAGUAGGUGAGUUGUGUUUAGUCUCUUUGCUAAAGAAAUUAGGCAAAGUUAAAAAGAUGUUUGGUGGCUAGUGCUAUUGCUGGGACCCUAUAUGUACUGUUGAUGAAGUUAGGUGCUGUUCUGAGCAUUAUUUGUGGUUUUAGAGUGGCUUUUUGGUUGAGUUUUGUUUAUGGCUCCUCAGACUGCUGUGUAUUGCUAUUGUGCGGUCGUUACUAAAGUUGGUAUAACUAAAGAACCAAGCAGUCAGAAACAUUCAUCUCUCGAGGGGGUGUCUAACUUGGUGUUACAGUGUGUUUGACCCUAACUUAAUUUUAUGCCAGAAUAUCCCUUUAACAUGGAGACCAAGAAACUGUCUGAGAGUUCAAUAGGUGCUCUGGUCUGUGCUUAAUGCAUUUCUCAAAGAUAGUGGUAGAUUUGGAAUUUGAACCUUUUUAUUUGGCUACAUUACAUCAGUGUCAGAGGACAGGUCAGUUGUGGAGACUCAAGGACUGAGCAGUGCAGUGAAUUUUCGGAUUUUGCUGACGCGUUUGCAGACUAGAUUUGAAGGAAAGAAACAGACCCUCAGGCUUUGAAAAUGCUUUUAUUGGUUUGUUCUCUGCCUCUAAAAUAACAACAACAGAGAAAACGUGGUUCAAAGACAACAAAGUUGCAGGCUAGAAAUGUGAAGUAAAGCCACAGAUGAAUUGAUUAAAGAUGAAACGUUGGACUUCAGACAGUACAAGAAGUUUUUUUUUUUUUUUUUUGGAAGUUUCUCAACAAACCAACAACAUUUCUGCUCCUGUGACAUUCUUGUGCUGUUGUACUUCAUUUGGAGGAGGUGGAUAGGCUCUUGGAGUAGCUUUAUGAGUAACGACAGUGUGGCUUUCAGACACUGAUUGAAUGUGUUUUAACCACACAGAGGCUGGUUGAUAAUGGGGUUUAAAGCCUAAAGCCGUCUGUACUGUAAUCCCAUUUGUUCUGCAUGAUAAACAGUAAUUGCACACUCAGUGACACACACUUUCACCUUACACAGUCCACAUUACACACAGCUUUCCCACGGGGUCUGCUCCGAUAUUGAACCUGGAAUCUGACCAGUAUGUUACUGUAAGUGGUGGUCGGUGUAUCAGAAUAGGUCCACAGACCUGGAAGAGAGACUUCCCGUCAGACUUCCUGCAGGGUCCUUCCUGCAACCUGUCCAAACUGGCAACCCUGCAUAUCACCACAUCACUAAUGACUUAAUGACUUCCAUUACAGCAGCUGUAGCGCUCAAAUGAUGUAAUAUUUGGUGUGGGAACAAAAUAACCUUGAUGGCUUUAUGGCCAAACGAUGAGUGAUGAUACGUGGAACUGGAUUAACAAAAGUGUUGUGAGUACAUUUAGUUUGGCCAGUUAAGUAACAGAGCUCUCCCCUCUUCAUACUUCUAAUCUGCAAUGUUAUUUUUCACAAAAGGGUUUUAUUUUUAUUCUAAUUCAAGAAGUCAAUGUGUUUCAGCGGUCUGGGUUCAUCAAUGUUGCUGUUGUGUAUGUAAAGUAUGCCGGACUACACCUCAGUUAUGAAGGCUUAUCUAUGGUGUCUGAGAGUUUUUAUUAUUUUGUUGAUCAAAAAUCAAUCUUAUGAUAAAAAAUAAGCUGAUCAUUCAAGAAUCAAAUGUUAAUGUGUUGCUGUAUUACUAAUAAUAUAGUAAAUAACAUUUUAGUUGCAGAGUUCUUAAGAUUCAGGAUUGAUUUAACCAGUUUUCAUUUAUUUGUAUGUAGCCGCAUACAAAAAGAGAAAUUCUUUUGUCCUACAUAAAAGACAUAUGUGACCCAGCUACUAACUAAAAAUACAAACAAACUGACUCAAAAUAUUGUGACGUUGUUCUCACCAGGAGUCAAAUUAACAUCAAACUUAACACUUUUAUUCACAGUGAAGUCUUACUGUAUUUUUUUUCCAGUCAAAUGAUCUCUUCUUCACUUUGAUUGACCUUUCUGUCAUUUAUUCCUUUCUCACUCACGUCUGUGUCAUUUUCCCUCUUCUUGUCCUCUUUACUCUUCUGGUGACUGUUUAGCCACCAAUUACCAAUGGGAAGUUUUGUGCUCUCUGAAUAAAUCAAGAGGAGUAUUAAAAAGGUCUUCCAUGUUUUAUACCAAUAUACUGUUUACAGAUGUAGAACCAUCAGCCUAUACUUCUACUUGAUUAGAUAUUUGCGGUUUGCGUGAUCUAGUUGUCCCUGAAUCACUUUAGCUGUUUAGAAUUGAUAACCAUUGUCCAGGGGUUUCAACCAAUCAGAAUCAAGUAUUAACACUGCCAGGAACUCAGUAAGACAGCAUAGUAAUAAGUAAAUUAUAUCCAAGCAACCUUUUCUAAAACCACUAAAAAUGACUCUUAACAAUGAAAAUAAAGAAGUGUUUGAGAAAAGUUACACAUGACCAGUUCUCUGAAAGUGUGAAAUCUGCACUUCGAUCAGGGAAAAGAUUCAAAAUUUCCUCCGGAGCUGAUGAAAUGAUAUCAGUUCUGUUUUGUGAGUUUUCUCCCACAUGAGCUUGUGGUUCAGUGUUGCUCUUAAAGGAUAGUAUUUUUUUUUUAGCACUUGUGGGAUAACAGGUGUGAAACACUGUGACUUUCCCACAUUUAAGUCAAACCGUGUCUGGAUUGCUCACUUUUGAACAACCCCGGGUCUUGUGAUGUUUAUUCAGAUUCUGAUCAGAGGAAAUUUGAAGGAACAUCAUGUGUUUUACUGAAGUUACGGUCCCUCUCAACACUAUUAAAUAAUAUGCUGACUUUGUCAACAUGAUCUAUGUUUUCUUAAACUGACCGCAGCCAGAAAGACUGCCUCUCUCUUUGCUUUAUUGGUUGCGUCUUAACCUUUCAGCACAAUCAAGUUUCCAACCUGGGACAUGCACUGUCUGCUCGCUAUGUGUGCAUGUAAGGCCUCUGCGUGCUGCAUGUCUACUGUAUAUGCUGUUGUGCAUGUUUUAUGUGAAUGACAGUAUUGACCAGCAGCUGUUAGAGACGCUGUGCUGUACAGUCUGUUAUUGUCACGGCUUCCUGCCCUCGCCUCCUGAGCGGGGAGCAAAGUGCCCUCUAAGCAGAAUCGCUGUCUAUUUCCAUGAGUAAGCAGCUAACCUCGUCACCCCAGGAGAGGCUGCAGAUCAAAACACAGAGGAGGGUCUGCGAACGCUGAGCAACAGGGGAUGAGGGGUGUGGAGGGAACAAGGAAAUGAGGAGGAUUAUUGUCCUAUGAAAGUAUGCGUGGUGGGGUCUCUGAAAAGUACGGAUCUGCCUCUAUCCAUGUGCUCAGUGAUUUUGUUCACAGUUAUACAGAGGUUAAAGGGAUGUACCGGCGUAAAACUAAUUUAGGGUCAAACAAACCGUAACACCGAGUUAGACACCCCCAUGAGUGAUGUUGCCGACCACUUGCUUCUCCAGUCAUACCAACUUUAUUAACAACCGCACGACAGCAAUAGAAAGCGGUCUGAGGCGCCGUACACAAACCUCAACAAAAAAGCCACUCUAUAGCCACAAAUGAUGCUCAGAACAGCACCUAACUUCAUCAACAGUACAUAUAGGAUCCUAGCCAUAGCACUAGCCAAUAAACAUCUUUUUAACUUUGCCUGAUUUCUUUAGCAAACAGACUAAACACAACUCACCCACUCUCUUCCAGCAGCCGCUUGUUUGUAGCAAGACCUCGGACUAGUCCAUUAUUGACUGCAGCGGGGUGACGCAGCUCAAGGAAGAACAUUUAUGAUCAUUUCUUCAUGGAAAUGCAAACAGACCGAGACACUAUCAUAAUGAUCAUAAAUGUUCUUCCUGUAGUCCGUAAUGGACUGGCCCGAGGUCUAGCUUCAAACAAGCAGCCGCUGGAAGAGAGUAGGCGAGUUGUCUUUAGUCUCUUUGCUUAAUUUUACACCGGAAUAUCCCUUUUAAGAAGCAUAAGAAAUGUCUUUUAGAAAUGUGGAUAUUCCUCCUGUUGUUGUGUGGAUCACUUCCUCUGAAAACAGGAAGUUUGAGCCGUGCGAGCCUUCACUCUUCAUUUCUCUGCAGCUCCCCCUGACACUCCCUCGAUGCCAAAACAACACAAGGCAUUAAAGAUUGAUAAGGAACGCCACUGUACAGAGAGUGAGUGUGUAUUAAUGGUGUGUCUGAUUUGGAUUAAAGGAGAGCAUCAUGUCCCUGUUGCACCAGCACAGCUGUGAGGGAGAGGGAAGUGGUGAUGAUAGGGAUAUAAAAGGAAGAUGUCGAGCUGUCAGGGCGGAUUUUUACUCCUGGCACAGAGACACUUGAAACCUUGUCACGUUCAGGACAACCCCAGCCAAUCGAUGUCGUGUCCUGUACUAUCUUGAUUCAGUCUGAAGAGCAGGGAAACAGGAGUUCUUGAAUUUCAUGUACAGAUGAGCGCUGAGAUAACAAAGUAGGACAACUGUCUGGCGAAUCAUAAACAACCGUUUACUGUAUGUUACCCUCUCCCCGCUACCAUGUGAUAUUGUGACAACAAUGGUUUCCCUCACGCUCAACUGCAGAAAAACAGAGGCCCUACCCUGCAGUCAGAAAUCAGUGCAGCGACAAUAACACCCUGAACUAUAGUUGGUACACACGGCUGAAACCGGAUAGUCAAACAGGUCAAGGCUUUAACCAGUUGGUACCAUUUUAUCAACCAAUAUACUGAUUUUCUAAACAAAUUAAGUUAUCGCUUAGUUUUUAAAAUGUCAGCCAGUUGUGAAAAAAUAACCUUAUAAGUUGUGGCAUAUAUCGGCCUAUCAUCUGACGAUAUUAAAGCCUGUGGGAGUGAUGCACAGUUUUAAAGGGUAUGGUAAGAAGUUAGCAAAAAAAAAGGAGCUUUGGCCAAGACUUUGUUCCUUCGUGAAAAUCAAAGAGUAAAAAAAAAGACAAAAGGAAAGUUAUGUCCAACAAUAGUAGCAUUUAGCUGUUGUGCUGCACACAACUGGAAAAAGACCAGCAGAACUGAAAUCAGCCCCAACUGUGAGCACUUUUAAAUCCAGGUUCAAAACAGUUCUCUUUUCAUGUGCUUAUGGCUGAGCUCUUUUUAAUCAUUUUAAACUCUAUCUUUUGCUCCUGCUUUUAACUGUUGUUGUUAUUAUUGUUGUUAUUGCUGUUAUUUUGUUUGUUUUUAUGCUGUUCUUUAAAAAAAAAUGUUUUUAUGUAAAGCACAUUGAGUUGCCUUGGUAUGAAAUGCGCUAUAUAAAUAAAUAUGCCUUGCCUUGCCUAGUGAGCGAUAGAAAAUAUGGACUGACACUUGUUUAAAACUGUGCAACAGUUAUUGCGAGACUCAUGACUGAAUCUUCUGAAUUACUUUCAACAUGACAUUACAGGGGAAAAAGUAGAUACUUAAACGAAGAAAUUUAGUGGAGCAAAUCUUCUAAAUUUUAGAUGCAAAAAGUAUUUUUCUGAAUUCUGUCAUACUUUACAUGUCAGAACAAAAGACACAGUAGUUAGAGCUGUCAUUGAAUACGUUGAACUAUGCGUACUAGAAGCAGGUUGUAGUCAUGAAUUAUUGAGGCUUACUAGAGCGGAGUCUUUCCUGUGAUUGUAACUGAAGCUGUGAAUGUCACAGCUGAGCUGAAUACUGCUGUAGAGCAGUUUACAAGUGUCACUGUGGGAUGAGCUCUGUAGCAUGACUGACAUAAAGGUAGACAGGCAUGACCUGGUGCUUCAGGUUUGAAUACACUGAGAAAAAUCACAGAUUUAUAUUCAUGCUGUGUUGAAGUAAAAAGAGUUUAGGGAUUAGCUUUGAUCGAGCGGUGUUUGAAAUGAAAGUGGAGGGCAUGUUGCUCAGGAGGGAGACCAAAACACUGAUGAGCAGAAAUAUUCUGCUAUAUUUUUAAAAAUCUGUGGAAAUUCCUCUGUGAAAUGAAUGAUAGAAAAUGCCUCUGUUUCUGUCUGCUGUGAAGGUUUGAUUGUUUGCUGGCUAACGCUGGGGCCAGGUCACACAGCAGUGUCCUUCUGUAGGCAGCCUGGUGUUUGUGGCUCUAUUCAAAAUGGCUGCAGUUUGAAUAGGCUGGGGGAGUACGAGUGACAUAAUGCAAAUCAUUGAUAUGGAAAAAGCUCAGCCCAAACAAAGCCCCAGUGUUUGUUUUAGUCUGUCAUUACAUCUAUCAUGCCCUUGUGUGUCUGAGUAUAGAUGUGCGUGCCUUUACGGCAGAUGCAAAUGAUGUUGCAAACCAACACAAAUCAUGUCUGCUGUAAACAUGCAUUGGAAAUGACUUACUAGGAAAAGAUAAGAGGAAGUUGUAGGUCAGCUUCAAAACAUAAUUUGACACACAUUUUCUAGAAAAUAGGUCAGUUUUCUUUGGAUUCUCAGCCAUGGAUGUCUGAAUGUAUUAAGAGAAUUUGUAUUGUACCUAACCUUCUCUGAAAAUUAAAAGAUGUUUGCAUUUUGCUAAAUUCGAGAAACUCAACGGGGAAAAAAAUGUUUAGAAAAACAUCCAGAUCAUACUUAUCUUUAUGUCUCCUCCUAAGAAUAAAGUCAUGGAUCAUCAUUCCCAGAUCAGUUACAUCUUUGACAUGUUCAGGUCAUUAGAUAAGCCUGUCCACCAGGCAGUGACCCUGAUCCAGUUCCCAUAUUAGGCUCCUGCCUCUUUAUCUCACUGCUUCUUGUCGUGGUAGCUUUGCUCGAGCAGUGCGAGACAUAAAGUCGCAGAGUUUCUGGGAAACUGGGCAAGAGGCUCCUCAGACAGGUCAAUGUGUAACACUUGGCUCACUGUGGAGAAACACCUUGUUUAUUUAGCUCAAACCAGACUUGAGAGUUUUUCUUAAGCGAGCACACGGCCUUCAGCUGUGAAGCACAUCGGGUAAUAUCAGUGUGGGUCAUUAAAAGAAUUAGCUUUUCUAGAAAUUUCAUAAUGAUGCUAUAUUUACCAUCAGGGAGCUGGAAAUGAAGCAGUAAGCUCAAAGGAAUAAUGACCUCAGUGUUCAAAUUAGUCAUAGGAAAUAAGAAUUAUCACACUAUUUACAGCAAACUGGCUCUUGUCAAUGAACUCACUGUGCAUUUCUUGUUAAAACCGCAUUUUGUUACUUCCUACAGGUGCUGGAGAGUUUUAAGAUUAUGGACUACAGCCUGCUGCUGGGCGUUCAUAUCCUGGACCAGAGCCAGAGAGAGGGGGGCGAGCCGGGCCAGGCAGGGGGGGACGGGCGGAGACCUGUGGGUCAGAGGGUGCUUUACUCCACCGCCAUGGAGUCCAUCCAGGGAGACGGCAAGGCAGCUGAAGCCCUCACCACAGAUGACACGUGAGUGGGCUCAGCUGGGGGAAAACACACAUUAUGCACACAUAUUUGGGCGCACACACUCUCCGCCUGUGAGUGUGUCUCUUGAUCUCCACCUUUUCUCCAAAGGUUGAGACACAGUUAUACAACCGGGAUCAUAACAUUCACACAGUGUUCACACAGUCCAGCUCUGAUAUAACUCGAACUACACAAACACAACAGCUGUUGGUGUGUAUUCACAGCGAUACAAAGAAACAUAAACACAAAGCGCCUCUUUUAGAAAACCUUUGAGAAAAGUUUCAUACAUUGAUCACUUCUGCUCGGCUCUAACUCUAUUUCAGGAUGGGUGGCAUCCCUGCCAAAACACACAAAGAAGAAAAGCUGCUCAUCUUCCUGGGCAUCAUCGAUAUUCUACAAUCAUAUAGGUAUAGUUUCUUUUGAAAACGUUUGUGGACUUGAUAUUGUUACUGUAGUAAAUGCGUCUCAAAUGGCCAAUCGAGAGGUGACUAUGAACUGAAAGUGCCCAUGAGCAUUUAAAGACUGAACGUUUCCUAUAACAGCUUUGAUUAAGGUUGCUCUUUGACAAGACCUGUAACAUUGAAUUAUCACCCUGCAUUAAUGGAAGGAGCUACAAGCCAGUUAAUCACACUCCAAAAAGGACUUUCUGACCCGUCUACCAUUACUUAAAUGGACACAGCGGCGGAUCAGUCUUCUUUAUUUUCACAUUGAUUUUUCGCUCCUGAGACUUUAAGUGUGGCUUCCAGGCUCAUCGACUUUUCCAACUUGUCAGCUUUGUUAGUAGAGGCACCAGAAGUCCUCCUGAGUGGGCGAGGUGACACCAGGUCAGAGAGGGAGGAUAAAUUGGUCCAAUUUGUCCUUUUAUUACUUGUAGCAUGUGUCUCUCCCGGACAGUGUUACAUAACCUGAAACUUUGAUGUGUUUUCUACUAAACAGCAGAAAAAUGACCUCAGUUUGAUAGAGGGAAGCAUAAAGGAGAAGCAGAUACUUUGUUGUGAACUUUCUCCUUGUUUGUUGCUCCUCAGGUUCAUUAAAAAGUUGGAACACUCGUGGAAAGCUCUGGUGUAUGACGGCGUAAGUGGAUACUCUCCCGCUUUUAUCAAUGAGCCUUUUCUUUCGCCCACAUCCACCGAUAACAGCUCAACCUUUCCUCCUUCUUUUCCUCAGGACUCAGUGUCCGUGCACAGGCCCGGGUUUUAUGCCAGUCGCUUCCUCAAGUUCAUGAGCACACGGGUCUUCAGGAAAAACCAACGUAAGUCUCAUGCAAAAAGCCCAGAGAGACACAAGCACUGGGAAGUCCUUGCAUGAUAAUAGGACUCAAUAUGUAGCCACAUUUUAUUAUCUAUCGGAUUAGUGUUGAUAUUCUUGUUACAUUAGCUGGAAUAUUAUUUUGUCUUUGCUACAAAUAAGACAAGGAAAGCUUCUUGUCUGUUAUUCCUUUUUCUCUCAAGAACUGGAGGCGCGUGAUCUGUUAAGUCCAGAGUUGAUUGAAUCAAACACUUUUAUCCUACAAAUCAAGGGCUUCACGUCGGUUGUGUUUAAAUAAUCAAGUAGCACGUUGACUUGAAACGGAUUAGAUUUGGUGUUUUGUAACAAUAAAGCACAAAGUCUUGACUCACACAGCCGGACAAAAAGCUUCAGCUAAACUAGUUAAGAUUUAGAACUGAUGUAUGACUAGGGCUGGGCGAUAAAACAACGAUAUAUGUCGAAAAUUAAUUUCCUUCGAUAUCAAUAUAAAACAUAGUCAAUAUACUUUUCGCUAGUCGUCAUUCUACCAUGUUUUGGGCGACUAAACAGAAAGCCAAUGAAAAAGGGAGUUUCUGCGGGUUUGCUUCGCAUUGAACCAAUCAUGUGCUGAAUUAGAACCAAGAAGCAAACAACUGCGGCAGCUACACGCAACUAUAGCACUUUAACAGAGAAAACAGCCGACCAUUCAGUCUGCUUUCUCUAGCGCAACACCUUACGACAAAACGUCAAAGAGUCACAAAGACCUCACAGAUGCAGUAGCUUAUUGUAUUGCAAAAGACAUGCCACCAAUAAGCACUGUUAAAUUUCAUUUUUUAUAUCGUGAUAUAAUUGAUAUGAAAAAAAUAUACUGUGAUAAACUUUUUCCUGUAUCGCCCAGCCCUAUGUAUGACAACAUGAUUUAUCCUCUAUGAACGUUUUAACCAGCAGCAGAGUCUGGAAAAGGUUAUGAAUGUGUCUUCAGUUAAAGCUACCAGAGGUGAUCCUGGAACUUUCAUGAACAACAAAUACAGUGUUGUUGUGUUAUGUAACCAUAUUGGGACAAUAAACAUGGCUGAGGUGAAGAUUUGAGGAUUUGGCUGAACUCUUCACCAUUGCCAAGUUUUGUAGGAAGGAGAUGACAGGAAGGGAUUUAAUUUCCUGCCCUUCUUGGGGACAGUGAGGGUGACUUUGCGGACACUUGUGUGAUUGUUGUUGCGCGUUAUUAUAGUUACAUGACUUUGCUGAUAGUUUUGGAGGCAGAGAAUUCGAGAUUUCCUGUCUCAGGAUAAUCAUCUCUUUCCACUCUGUCAGCCAAAUUAUCUUCUGCUUUCCUCAUUCUUCCUCUACCUCUCUGUUUUUUUUUUUGUUCUCUCACUCUUAUGUUCCUUUUUUUUUUUAUCACUCUUCAGCACUUCGAUUCUCCCCUUCAAAGAGGACUCGCACUUCUAUCCCGGCUCUGAAGUCGUCCUCACAGGAGAUCCUUUCAUUGCAGACGGAUGAGAGGAACGAAGAGGACAGGAGGGUCAGGCUGGGAGGAGCCUGCAGUCUGGCAAGUCUGGAUGGACAAGGUACAGAAGAAGUUUUAUUGGAAAGCCUCGCUCUCAUGUCUCUGCGAAGCAAACUCUGUAUAUGACAGCUUAACUCAAGUAUUGCACAGCAUUCAGGGAUACUUUUAGAGUAACCUGCAUUAUUAAACAAAAAAAUUAACUCUACGAUAUGAUCAUGAAUGCACCUUUACAGCUUUUCCCCUCUCUCCAGACUGCCCUGUAAUUUAUCUGCAAAGUAAUUGUCUUGCUUUUGUGGCCUAGUAGAGCUUUUAAGCAACACUGAGGCCCAUAAACAGCUUCUUGCAACCACCCAUAAAAAUGCUGUCUUCUCAGCACUGCUCAGGAGCUGUGCUGCUGCUGCCUGAUACAGUAAUCAGCUGUAAUGGAAAGAAAACAGAGAGUUACUUGAAAUUAGCAUCUAUUCAGACACAUAUUUUACAUGUGCAUAUACAUUAAAAAAGCAGAAGCAUUUAGUGGACAUGAUAGUUGAAUUCAGGAGUGGACAACACUCUCUCUCUCUCUGUCUGGACACUGACUCCAGCUGUAAUAUAAAAUAAUAUGAAGCAAUUUCAACUGUGAAGCUUAUUUACUCUUUUUAACCUGACUAAUUCAGUCUCAAAGGGAACAGAGGAAAUCAAGUUAAAUGGAGAAAAUGUUUGUGGAAACAUUUAAUUUGAUAACUUGAAUGAAAUUCACGUGCCCUUGACAUGGAAAAUGAGAUUACGUAAAUGGGUUACUAUAAGAACAGCUCUUUUUUGUGAGUGCAGGUGAUCCAGUGUGAGCUGUAUGUUUUAAUCAAUACUCCCUCAGUAAGAUUUAUGAUCAUAUUGAUUGACUAAUGGAGGAUUUGACUGUCAGUGAUGGUCAGUGUCUAUUUUUUUCAGUGAGAGAGAAACUGACUUUUCAAACAAAGUCCUUUUCUUUCAUGGAUACUUCUCAGGCUGUCAAAAUAUAUAUAUCUACCUGGAGGGCCUUUAAACAACUGGAUAUGGAGUAAAACUGUAACUUGGGCUGUUUUGAAGAGACCAUAGGAAUCAAAGUUUGUCAUCUUUCAGCCAUUUAAUGUUCAUUUUUUUCCCUCAAAGCUGUGUUUGGUUCAUACCUGCGUCCUGAUCUGGUCCCUGCCAACCCAUCCUUCUACGAGGGCUCCUCCAUGGGAACCAUCUCCACCUCCUCCAUCUUUGUCAACGUGGACAACCAAACAGAAGAGAGGUGCGGUGUCUGUCUGUUUGUUUUCCUCCUCACUCUUCCCUGUUCCUCCUUUCCUUCCCUGCUUCUUUUUAUAUCAGGACACUGUGUUGAUUUAGCAGCAGGUCGGGUAGUUUACCUGAGGUUACUGUACGCAUUAUUGCCAUGAGGAGGACGGGAAAGAAAACAUGCAGAAUGGCCACACCUGACUCACACUCAUUCACUCACACUCCUCCUUGUCAUUGUCACCUGUGCUCUAACAUGACAUGGUCUUAUUGGUGACGUGCGUCAUGGAGCAGGUGACUCAGCUGGCUCAGUAACAUGCAUCUGAUACAUGCAUUCAUGCAACACCUACACAACAUAUGGGAUGAGUAGGUUAGGGAGUUGUGUUGUGUUGUGGUUGUGGUUGUGGGUGCUGUCUUUUAUCUGGAGCACAUGAAAUAAUGAAAAGUUCAGUACUAUUAUAUCAAUCUUUACUCUAAUGAGAGCAUUACUAACACUUAAGGCAGGAAAACUCCUCUAGGUUUGACUGUUCUUUAGGGAUUCAUUCAUGAUUCCUAAGCUGCAGUUGAACACCGUUGUAGGGUUUAUUGGGCGUCAUAUAAAGUCAUCUUUUCCUCUCAAUGUUUACUCAACAAAAAAGUCCUUCCUGAGUAAAACUUGCUUUACAAGGAAGUUCUUCUGGCCAAGACAGUAAACCAGAUUUAUUUCACAAAGUAUGAACAAGGAAGAGAUUGAAUCUAGAUCAAGAAAGUGAUUUCAAUCCAGAUCGAUGGACCUUACGCAUGGGUAUCGUUUCUUCUUCGAGGUCUAAAUUUUGUGCACAUUAUUUCGUGUCAAGUCUUUCCUCUGCCUCUCAUCUCCCUGCCUCUGUCUGCAGCAGUGUCAGGUUUAGUUCCCUUUCUGCAGCUCUAUUGUGUGACUUGCCUGGUCUUGUUCCCUCAUCAGUCACCUGCUGCUGCCCUGACAUUGUUCUGUCAACUGUCUUCAUAAAUAUUUAAACAGUGACUUUGACACAGCCUUACUUAGUGCUAUUAUGCUGCAGAAAUACAGUGACAAAGGAGGACAAGCAGUGAAGCAGAGACUGUACACAAACCAAUAAUAAUCCCUGUCUGGGAGCCGCUCUGCCUGUGAUAAUACCAACACUUGAUGUUAGGAUGCUUCAGGGUGGGAUUGUUUGAAUCUGUUAUUCAUAUGAUUCCCUCUUAUUUUUUAACAGUCGCUGUCAAAGAGUGUAUAUCCUUAAUUUUCUUUUUUUCUAGCUUUGAUUUUGACUUUGAACGCAAAAGUGGUCAGUCACAUGUCAUAAGAGGUAAAAACACAUUCCUGAAUAUAUUAGGGUGUCACCUGAUGUCCAUAGAAAAAAAACAGUUCUCAUAUUACCCCCUGGUGGUCAAACAAGGUUUGAUCCAAAGUUAACAUGAUAGUGUUAUUGAGUCACUUUUUUUCUGUCAUAUUAUGCGAUCACUGGAAUUUUUAAUUCUGGACGGUGUACUAACAAUAUUUUUAAUCUAAUGUAUUUAAAUCAGUCUUUUUUUUUUAAAUAUUGUCUCUAGUUUGGCUUUGACAAACAUUUUGCUUUACCAAGCUGAAACCACGAUGACAAAAAUCUAAAAAGCCACUCUGGAGUAUCUCUGUUUUUCUCAUUUACCAUGCUACAGGUGGGCAGCUGUUAUAUUACACAAUCUCUUAGCAAGGGUCUCCUUUUGUCAUGGUCAUCGUGGUCAAAUAUUUCCAGUCUUAAGGAGAUAUUGUUCAUUUCCUGUGAGACAUAUUUCGACUAUGAGCCUCUGAACUGAUUCCUCCCUGUGCUGCCUACAGCCCCACGCUCUGGCAUCUGCCUCCUAGAUGUCAAAAUCCCUGCAUUAGUGUGUGCUGCGUCCCUGGAGAUUAUAAUCCAUCAGUUUUCACACACAGUUUGGACAACUAAAUUAUACUUAAACUUAAACAAACAGGAGGUUGAUAAGGCUUUUUUCUUCUUGUAGAGAGGAUGUUGCUUCCAGCUCCACGUUCACUCUGGAGGACAGCGCUAUCUGCCUUACUUCAGAGCAGAGCACAAUGGAUGUGGACAUAGACCGUGAUGACGGAUCUGUUCUGGAUGUGUACUUGGUAGGUUUUUAUCUUCACCUUAUUUUUUGCAGGUCUAUAACUGGAAAGUGUCAAAAUUUGUAGUCUGAUUAAAACUUCUGGGUUUCGUUUAUGUUUAAAGUCAAUACCAGGCCAGGACUACACAUAUGGUAACCCUUCUCCUUUUUCUCUCCAACAGUGAAACAGGCAUUUUCACAGCCUUCAUUUCCGUCUGCCAAUCAUAAGACAAUCCCCUCCUCACUCCAUUACACUGACCAGACCGGCCUUUGCCUCCACUUCCAGUGCUGCUAGAUCCAUGUUGCCACACAUGUUGCCAACACAUACAAAGACUGAGAUUCUCCUCCGGUUGAUGGACUAAAAGACCCCACCAGAGUCACAGUGAUGAUCAUCAACAGGAAUCAUGACAUAUUAUGCAACGUGAUGAACGUCAGACUGAAAUGAGUGCCGCUUUUAGAGCAUGAGUCACGCAGUGCCAUUUAGUUUUAUAUAUGUAAACUGUUUUCAAUGCCUACUCAGAAACUUAAAGAUUUACAAUACUGUAUAUGAGGUGAGGGUAGAUACAUUUCAGUACGUUUUGUUUCCUCUGACCAGAAAUAAAUGAAGGACACCUAAAAAAGCUGGCACCUGCAUUAGUCGGUGAUCACAAGAGUUUACAGCGGAUGAAUUAUCCCCGAUGAGCGGGACAGUGACGCUCUCAUCGUGUCAACAAUCCAGCUCGAAACCACAGCCAACACAGAUGAGGAAGGACACAUUUGAACAGACUUGAUGGAUUUUUAACAUUUUGAGCCCAAACACAGCCUGAAGUGGUUUAAAGAGUGGCCUCCUUCUCCUCACAGCGCUGUAUUUCUUGCUGCCCUGUGGCCUUGACAAUGAACUGCUGUAAAGUGAUAUGAGGAAAAGACAGUUACUGGAUCUAUAAUGAAGUACGCAGAGCAGAGACGCUGCUCUCGCCCCUGAUUAAAAAAAAGGCACUUUUGACAUUGGUUGUGAAGACUGUAAGAUUUAUUUUCCUCUGAAGGAGUUGCUUAGGUGGGUGAGCAAACUAGUGUAAGCACAGAUUUGAAUAUGUGAAUAUGCACUUUUCAGUUUCUCUUUUUCCUCGACUAGUGCACACCUCUGUAAGUCAGUGAUCCUACGUGUACAGAGACGGUGAAGGAACAUUGGCAGAUCAUUUUUGAUGUGGAGCUUCUAGUUUUGUGAGGUUUGCGUCAUGACUGAAAUGCUUCUUACUCAGGAUAUCCUUUGAUACUGAACAAGUAUGUCCUCUUCAACGAGCGGAGACAUACAUCCUACACCAAGAAGCUGUCCGAUACCUCUUCAUCAAAACCAUUUCCAACCUUAAAUGUUCAAUUUCAUGAUCACAUGUUGGUUCCGACCAUAAUUUAUUGUGUCACUCAAUACUUUACCAUCUGCUGAGAAAUACUGUCAUUGCUGAAUGUAAAGACAAUGCAUAAAUAUAUAUAUCUAUAAAUAUAUAUAUAUAUAUAGGAGACUCCUAUAAAUAAACAGCUUAAUUUCAA